GAACUAAAUCCAUCUCUCCCUUGCAUUUGACUCCACACUCUGCAAUGGAAGAACAAAAGAAGCUUCGCAUUGCUAUGGUGCCGUGGAUAGGUUUUGGCCACAUGAUCCCUUAUCUAGAGCUGGCCAAGUGCUUAGCUCAACUGGGCCACCAUGUCUCCUUCCUCGCCCCCACCAGGAACAUUGAGAGGCUGCCAAGUGUUCCUCAUGAUCUGCGUUCCCAGCUAAAUCUAGUAAAGCUUACCCCACCUCACGUCGAAGGCCUACCUGAGGGUGCUCAAUCCACCGUCGAUGUCCCGAUCGAUUACCUUGCCCAGUUAUAUGAGAUGUUGGAUGGACUCGAAGACCCUGUAUCAGAGUUCCUCGAUGCCAAUCCAUCAACAGAUUGGCUUAUCUACGACACGUUCAUUUGGUGGGCCCCACGCGUCGCAGCUAAGCAUGGAAUACCCACCGUCUUCUUUGGACCGUUCAGUGCUAUGUCUCUCUCCAUCAUGGGGCACCCAAAGGUGCUGAUGGACCCUCAGCCAACAACGCCCGAGGAAUUAACAGUGCCACCCCCGUGGGUCCCAUUCCCUACCACCGUAGCUUUCCGAUACUUUGAAGCCGUAAGAAUCGCGAGGGACAGAACUAGGCGUGCAACCGCUUCGACUGAGGGCGCUAAAAACAGGAUAGGGGUCUUCGAAGGAACCCACGUCGCCAUACGUAGCUGCCGUGAAUUCGAACCUGAAUGGAUCCGACUCCUUGGCGAGCUUUACGGGAAACCUGUUUUCCCGAUUGGCUUGCUUUCACCAUCCGUACCUAAAAUCGACGAUAAGGGAAAUGACACGUGGGUGGAUCAGGAGUGGCUUGAUUCACAAAAGGAAGGGUCCACGAUUUAUGUUGCAUUUGGGAGCGAGAUGCGAUUCAGCAGAGAACAAGCUCAUGAGUUAGCAAUCGGGUUAGAACUAUCCGAGUUGCCUUUCUUUUGGGCAUAUAGGGGGGACCCGUCUCUACUCCCACCCGGGUUCGAAGAUCGAACCAAGGGUCGUGGGAUCGUACGCUUGGGGUGGGCCCCACAAACUAGGUUACUUGCACACAAGUCAGUCGGGUGUUUCUUUACGCACGGUGGAUGGGGUUCGUCAGUUGAGGGUCUCGCUUUCGGCAAGCCGUUCGUUUUGUUACCUUUCCAAGGUGAUCAAGGGCUGAAUACAUGUGUGAUGAAAGAAAGGAACGUUGGAGUCGAGGUGGCAAGGAACGAUAGGGACGGAUCUUUCAAGCGGGAGGCAAUCGCUGAGUCUUUGAAGCAGGUGAUGGGGGAUGAUGGUGAGCCCAUCAGAUCCAACGCUAAGGAGUUGAUGAAGAUCUUUGCUGACAAGGAACGGCAUAACGAGUACAUCAAGGACUUCGCAGAUUUCCUCGUCGAGAAUAGACGCCAUGACGGCGUCCCAGCUCCCUCGGCCUAAUCAUGUCAAGCGAAAUGUUUGUGAAUAAGGCCUACUAACUACACCAUCAGACAGCGUUGGAUAAUCGACGGUCAGAUGGUGCUGGAUGAUGGGUGUAGAAUGCCAACUGCAUUAGUGUGAAACUGAGCAUUGAGACUGAGAGGGCUUCUAGGUUCUCUAAACGUAGUUAUGUUAACUAGAAUUUUUAUUUUUUUUAAUUUUAUUAGUAUAUUAGCUGCAUGAAUUAAAUAAGACCCACCAAAUCCAAAUCAGACGGUGCGGGAUGAUGGGGGCCGCAUGUUCGAGUGUGCCAGUCUGUAUGUCUGGAAAGGAAACACCUAAUCCACGGUUGGAUGGUGUCGGUAGUUUGGGGGUAGAAUUAGUAAUGUUGGGUGUUGAUUGGAUUAGUAUGUCAUGUAUCGUAUAUCACUAAUUAGUAGUUCGGUUGUGUGUAAUCUACUCUUGUUAGUUAGAUUGGACAAAAAGUAGAGAGGCAAUGGCCUUUCGAGAGCAGGAUUUUCAAAUCUUAUUCUGGA